UCCGGUUGGAGACGUGGCCGCCGCUGCCAUAUUCCGGGCGCUCGGUAACGCCGCGGAGUUCCUGGGCUCCGGUGCACGGUGAUUAACCGGGAGCGUUCGCGGCUGUCAGGUGUUGAGAGUGAUAUCUUCACACCCGAAAAGAGGCCCCCAGACGUUGCGAAGAUGGUGCUGUUGGCUACAGCUGUUUGCACCAAGGCUGGGAAGGCAAUUGUGUCACGCCAGUUUGUGGAAAUGACAAGGACCCGAAUUGAAGGCUUGCUGGCAGCAUUCCCUAAACUAAUGAACACUGGGAAACAGCACACAUUUGUGGAGACGGAGAGUGUGCGGUACGUUUACCAGCCACUAGAAAAACUCUACAUGGUGUUGAUCACAACCAAAAAUAGUAACAUCCUGGAAGAUUUGGAAACACUCCGUCUAUUCUCCCGAGUGAUUCCAGAGUAUUGUAGAGUUCUGGAAGAGAGCGAGAUAUCAGAACAUUGUUUUGAUCUCAUCUUUGCCUUUGAUGAGAUUGUGGCACUGGGUUACCGUGAGAAUGUCAAUCUAGCCCAGAUCAGAACAUUCACAGAAAUGGAUUCCCAUGAAGAGAAAGUUUUCCGUGCUGUUCGAGAGACACAAGAACGUGAAGCAAAAGCAGAGAUGCGCCGAAAGGCAAAGGAAUUACAGCAAGCUCGCAGAGAUGCAGAGAGACAAGGCAAGAAAACUUCUAGCUUUGGGUUUGGCAGUGGAGGAAUCUCGAGCAGCUCUGCGGCUUCCAUGAUAACAGACACCAUCAUUGAACCAGAGAAACCAAAGGUGACACCAACAGUAAUGAGACCUUCUGGUCCAAGCAAAGCCUUAAAACUUGGAGCAAAAGGAAAAGAUGUGGAGAAUUUCGUAGAUAAGCUGAAAUUAGAAGGAGAACAAAUCAGUUCCUCAACAAAACGUUCGUCAGAAGCGGCUAAAGUGCUGUCACCUCCCAUUAAUGUAGAAAGUGUACAUCUGAAGAUUGAAGAGAAGAUAUCAUUGGUUUGUGGCCGGGAUGGUGGCUUGCAAAACAUGGAGGUACAUGGUAUGAUCAUGCUGCGAGUUACUGAUGAAAAGCAGGGAAGAAUUCGCCUUCAAGUGGAGAAUGACGAUAAAAAAGGAAUUCAGCUACAGACUCAUCCAAAUGUGGAUAAGAAGCUUUUCACUACAGAAUCGUUGAUUGGUUUAAAGAACCCUGAGAAAUCGUUCCCUCUGAAUAAUGAUGUUGGCGUCCUGAAGUGGAGAUUGCAAACUACUGAUGAUGCCUUUAUUCCCCUCGCCAUUAACUGUUGGCCUUCAGAGAGUGCUACCGGCUGUGAUGUAAAUAUUGAGUAUGAGUUGCAGGAGAGCAGUCUGGAACUAAAUGAUGUGGUCAUCGCCAUUCCACUUCCGGCUGGUCCUGGAACUCUGUUAAUUAGCGAACUGGAAGGCGAGUAUCGCCAUGACAGCCGGAAAAACAUACUCGAGUGGUGCCUGCCAGUCAUCGAUGCCAAAAACAAAUCUGGCAGCAUGGAGUUCAGUUUUGCAGGACAGCCCAAUGAUUUCUUCCCAAUCCAUGUGUCCUUUGUGUCCAAAAAGAACUACUGCAAUAUACAGGUGAGCGGAAUAAAUCAUGUUGACAGCAACAGUCCAGUGAGGUUCUCCCUGGAAACCAUGUUUUUGGUUGACAGAUAUGAAAUACUGUAAAAUCAACACGCAAGAAACAUCCAGAGAACACGAGAGCAGAUAUCACUGAGCUGCAUACAAGAACGAGACCAUAAACUUCAAAAAUAAAAUUGCACAGUGUAUAGGGGAAAGUUUCUGACUGCUUUAACAGCAAUGUGGUUUAUUAUCUGUUGUCCAAACAUGCUGACUAUUCUCAGAUCACAAAAGGAGUUUGAUAUUAAUACUUUAAUUAACCAACAAGUAAAUACGUCUUUGUUUUGGAAGGAGGGGGUGGGAGGAAUGACAUUUGGUAGCAUCUACAGCAUCUUGUAUGUCAACCACAGCACCCUUUAUUCCCUAUUGUAUUGCCUCGUUGGCUGUAAUUAUCAUUUUAGGCCUUUUUUUGUUGAAUUAGUUUCUAAGGUGAAGUGAAUUUUUUUUCCUUUUCCUUUUUGUUCCUUGAUUUGGAUGAAAAAAUGAUCGAAACAAAUUUUGUAACCCUGUAAAAUGUAUGAGGGAAUAUGACAACAUUCCAAUGUAAAAAGACUUAAAAAAAAAUGUAAUCUUUAAGAUGAUUAAAAGUAUAUUGUAAAACAA